AUGGCUUUUGAAACCCGGGACCUUCCUGAAGAUGUCUGCGGUUGGUCCCGGUUAGACUGGGAAGUGGAGUUCACUCGGCAAGGCAUCGAUAGUGCGUGGGCUGAAAGUGAUAUCAACAAGGAAUACAGUAUUUGUGACACGUAUCCUGAACGUCUUUGGCUUCCUGUAGCUGCUAAUAAAAAUAUACUUCUGGGUUCGUGCCGCUUUCGUUCGAGGGGGCGGUUGCCAACUCUCACUUAUUUUUAUAAACCGAAUGGAGCUACCAUUUGCAGGUGUGCACAACCAUUGGCAGGGUUUUCGGCCCGAUGUGUUGAGGACGAGAAGCUCAUGGAAUUGAUCAGACAAGCGAAUACGAACUGCGACACGCUGUACCUCGUAGACACUCGGCCCAUGAUGAAUGCAAUGGUGAACAAAGUGCAAGGCAAAGGAUUCGAGGACGAAAGAAACUAUCUGAAUACUAGAUUUCACUCCUUUGAUAUUGAAAACAUACAUGUAAUGCGAACUAGUCAACAAAAACUUCUUGACGCUUGUAACAAAGCUCGCAAUAUGACUGACUACUACAAAACGUUGGAGUCCUCAGGAUGGCUGAAGCAUUUACGAGCUAUAAUCGAGUGUGCGAUUUUUUUAGCCGAGUCUGUAACUCAAGGUAUGAAUUUUUUUGCCCGCAUACGUCCACACCAAUUUAGUUCUUUUCUUUUCUUGAAUGCUCAUUGUGUUGAGAACUUCGGUGGCCCAGCAUUCCCUUGUGUGUAA